ACGUGUACUCUGCUCUCUCUCCUUCUCUCUUUGGAAAUAUUGAUCUAUCUUUAAUUUAAAGUGCUGCUUCCUCUCUCAUCUUUGAAAAGUUACUUGUAAAGUCUCCCUCCUUGAGCUUUCAAUUGCAGGACUAAGAAGAAGAAUGAAGAUAAAAUUUCGUCCAGCACUGAGAAAAUAUAUUGCAUGGAAUGAGGCCCAAAGCAGUAAACCAGCCCACAUGGAAUUGGACCUCAGAGAGGAAUAUGCCCAUGCCUUUCGAACCGAAUCCUACGCUGACUUUUGGAAACGUGUCCUUGCUUUAGCUGAAAAAACUUCUUCCCCAACCAAAAUUGUCGGCUCCACUUCAGCGGCUCGGCUCCCCUCUUACCGCCUUUUCGUGGAGCAUCUUUUGGAUCCGGAUCAACCCACCGUAACUCGGAUUUUGGGUUUGAUCCAAACCCACAAGGAAACUCACUCUUUACUAUCUGAAUAUUUCUCUCAAACUGCUGAAACUUCUUUACUUUGCAGUCUAUUACUAAAAGAUGUCCAACGUACACGUUCUAGAUAUAAAUCACUUAAAUUCGCCCUAGACUCCCUCCAGAAAUCACCUUAUUCGCAUGUGAACCCUAUACCCAAGAUCCUGACACGAUUAACUAAAUUUUGUAACUCCCUUAACCCACUUGUUUCAUCUACAUCCUCUCCGCUCCGGUUUAAAACUGUUCAAGCCAAUUGCUCCCAAUUGCUAAAACGGCUUGAGCUUAGGCGAGACAAGACCAAGGACAAACUUCGAUUUAUGAACAAACUCAAACGUGGCUCAGCCGUUUUUCUUGUGGCUUUGACUGUCUCACUCACAGUGAUUGUAGCGACUCAUGCAUUAGCCUUGCUAGUUGCGGCUCCUAUGGUAAUGGUAACUUCAUUCCAGCUGAUGUCAACUAAGAAGCUUGCUAGUUGGUCGGCUCAGCUGGAUAUAGCCGCAAAAGGGACGUACAUACUAAUUAGAGACUUGGACACUAUAAGUCGGCUAGUGGGUCGGCUAAAUGAUGAGUUAGAAGAUUUGCAAGCCAUAGUUCGGUUUUGGCUUGCGAGAGGUGGCGAUCCGCUUCAGCUUCAGCUACAAGCCAGUGGGGAAGUGGCGCGCCAAUUGAAGAAGAAUUAUGCAAACUUUGUGGACCAAUUAGAUGAAUUAGAAGAACAUUUGUAUUUGUGUUUCAUGACUAUAAAUAGGGCUAGAAACCUUGUUAUUACAGAAAUUAUGAAUUCGGGUCCAUAUUUGUUACCCAAAGAAUAGCUAAUUGGGAUUUGAAACAAAAUUU